CUAAGCAUUCGAAAAUCAACAAGUUCAACACCGCGCCACUACAAAAAUGUUUGCCCAACUUCAUAACCGCUAUGAGGCUUUUUUGAAUGAAAAUAACUUUGUGACAGAUCUCCUAGCUACGAUGGAGGAGAAAACUGGGGUACAGAGAAAAUAUAUCGCUUCAGGUAAUAAUUAAUAAUAAAUCCAUUUGCACUGUAGAACUUUGCCAUUUGCUUGGUUAUAAUGUUGCACUCUGUCAAUGUUGAAACAUUGUAACUUUACCCGCUAGUGGAUACUUUCUCGUUAUACAACGUUGGCUAGUUUGACGAGGUCAGCACAUAUGACAGUUCUUUGGCUGACAUGUCACAUUACCUAACUAGCCUACCAGCAACAGUUGUAACUGAUAAACUGUAACGCAGACUAGCCCAGUUAGGCCUAACACAAACAAACCACAGAAAACAAACGGUGUCACCAGACCAAAUGUUAUUGUUGUAACGUGACUGUUAAUGACCAUAUAGGCCUAGGCUGCUUACAAGAUGAUUUUACGACACUCAUUUGAAAUAGCAAAGGUCGGAUAGGCCCAACAGAUUUCAGUUAAGCCACUAUUAGAUUUCGAUUUAGCUGCUUCUAAUGUCUAGCUAGCAGCUGGUCCCUAGCCAAGGGGUGUAUUUAUACCUCCUACAGAAAUACGAACUGCUAUGCUGAGAUGGCAGAUUCUAGGGUGACCUGCUGUCUAUAGUUGAGUUGUGCUCCUUCUGAAGUUCUGCUGUUGUGCCGGUCUGUUUGUGCCAUCAUGCCUACUCAUUCACUCAUUGUUGACAUUGACAACAAUGGAGUUGACGAGCACAAACAGAUCUGGGACCAGUCUAGUUCUGUUGCUGUUGUAAUGUUGGCCUUUUUAAGGUGCUAUUGACACACGUACACAGUCUGCCAGUACUGAUGUUGAUGGAAAUUACCUGAGAGCAAAAACCGAAUGUUACGUUGGUCUGAGAUGGACUUUCUGUUUACUACUGGAUUAACUGGACCUAAUAUGCAGUAAAGAUUAGUCUAUACCCUAGGGGUGUGUGUGCGCCUUGGUCUGGUCAAGUAUGAAGUUAAGUAAUUGAACGUCUGGUGUGAAAUUCUCUACGGCCAAUGUGUGUUCAGAGGAGCCUGUAGGCUAUACUGUGUAGUUUAGCUCUUCUUCUGGAGAAGGAACGCCAGCCCGUUAGUCUUCCAUCAAUGUCAGAGAGUGACUCUGUCUGCGCUACGCUGCCUGUGGAGGGACUCUGAUCACAUCACCAAGCGUUCAGACAUGUUGUCCACUGGGCAGUGUAAACUGUUGGGUGGAGGAGGGGGAAGGCGUUGGGUAGUCACCACAUUAAUGCUGCCUAGGACUGUUGUCAUGUCCAAACUAGGGCUCAGGGAAAUUCCCAAGGCUGACAGGUCUGUGACUUGGCUUUACUCUGCGACUUGGCUAUACUCUGCGACUUGGCUAUACUCUGCGACUUGGCUAUACUCUGCGACUUGGCUAUACUCUGCGACUUGGCUAUACUCUGCGACUUGGCUUUACUCUGCGACUUGGCUAUACUCUGCGACUUGGCUUUACUCUGCGACUUGGCUAUACUCUGCGACUUGGCUAUACUCUGCGACUUGGCUUUACUCUGCGACUUGGCUAUACUCUGCGACUUGGCUAUACUCUGCGACUUGGCUUUACUCUGCGACUUGGCUACAAGCAGCAGGGGAAUGAAGGACGCUUAUAGUGAAGUAUUUAAACAGUCUCUGUUCUGUUUUGCCUGUUAUGGGGGAAUGGAUUUUUGAUUAAGUCUGUAGCGUCCCGGUCCGUAUGUGGGGAGAGUGCCAACACUGGAUGCACUCCAAAUCAGGAAUUUAACAAAACACCAUUGACACAUUUGAGAAUACUUUAGAUUUGCUCAGUGUUGCUUUACCAAAUCAUAGUUUUGUGACCAUAUAUAGCCUUCUGCCCAUAACUGAAACUAGUCAUCAGUCUUGAAGAUCAUGCGGUGUAUUGAUUUUUGGUUAGAUUGAUUUGAUGUGGUCCUCUGUAGCUCAAUUGGUAGAGCAUGGCACUUGUAACGCCAGGGUAGUGGGUUUGAUCCCCGCGACCACCCAUACGUAAAAAUGUAUGCACACGUGACUGUAAGUCGCUUUGGAUAAAAGCGUCUGCUAAAUGGCAUUAUGUAUUGGACUAUAACUGACACUGAUGAGACAACCUGCAGAGGAAAAGCCUGGUGCCAUAGGUGUAAAUGAUUUCCCUAUGCAAACAGGAGCUAAACCAAACAGAAGCCGUUUACCUGCUAGCUAGGGUUACAGUAGCAGGCAGCAGCUGCUUCUCUCUGUCCAGCUCUAAAAUUCACAGAUUGAGCCUAUAUUUUUUCUCCCAUGGGAAUCCAUUGUACAUGUGUUGACUAAAGUGUGUGAAGAGUUAAUUGACAGACAGGGACUUUCACGGCUGUAGGUUGAACUCCCUGGACCUGGUUUGCGCUGCAGAGGAAAUGUAGUUGCUAGUUUGUUGGUUUAGGUUAGAGCGGACCAGUAUCUAUGUGGAAUCUCUCCCACUCCUGUUCCAUGGUUCAUAUUCCACAUGGUUAUACUAGAUGUCUUAUGUACAUCAACUUUGAAUUUGUGAAUGUCAGCGUUUGAAUUGAGUUUCACGCGACGCCCUGUCCUGUUUAUUCAUCCAACAUCCUGCUCUAACACACACACACACACACACACACACACACACACACAAGAUGUAUCAUGAUGGUUUGACAUGUCUGCAGAUAUCUGGUAAGAAUCUCUCUGUCUCCAGGUGUGGUCUCUCUGAUCAGUCUGUAUCUGUUGUUUGGCUAUGGAGCCUCUCUUCUCUGUAACCUGAUUGGUUUUGUCUACCCGGCGUACCUCUCGUAAGUAGCACCUCAAAACAUAUCUAUAAAGUGGUGUUGUCAUGCUCACAUCAUAUGCUUCCAGGUGAAGGGUUAAACCUGAUUCAUCACCUGUCCUGUCAUCCAAUCAGAAUCAAGGCCAUAGAGAGUAAGAAGAAAGAUGAUGAUACUCAGUGGUUGACCUACUGGGUGGUCUACGGAUUCUUCAGUGUCACCGAGGCUUUCUCUGACAUCUUCCUCUCCUGGUUCCCCUUCUACUACGCUGGCAAGGUACGUGUGUGUAACAUUCAAUAUACAGGAGGCCAAAACAUAAUAUAAUCACUCUCUCCCUCUCUCUCAAUCCCCCUCUGCCUCAGUGUUUGUUCCUGCUGUGGUGUAUGGCUCCGGUGACGUGGAACGGUUCUGCUAUUCUCUACUCCCGUGUGGUCCGUCCCGUGUUCCUCAGACACCAGGCCACCCUGGACAGUGUCGUCAACAACCUGAGUGAUGAGGCCAAGAACAUGGCUGAUACUGUCACUAAAGAAGGUGAGACACAGACCCAUAAACUAGAUUUAUAUUGUGGAGAUGCGGAAACAACAGUCUUCGGUUUUUCCCCAACACGGCCAAUGUAAAAUGAAUACUGGUGCGAGUAAUGGUCACCCAAUGGCGCACGCAAACGUAAAGUGAUAGCACAUCAGGCAACAAUAUUCUCUGGGAGAAUCUGACUCCUUCAGAAAAGGCAUCUGAAGCAGUCUGACUGCUCCGAACUCUAAUUCACAUGUAAGGUAUGAUACUUAGUUAUCCCGCAUCUCCGCAAUGUAAAUCUAGCUAUACACACAUGGUCACCAGAUCUGUGUCAGUCAAACUAACUCAUGUUUUUCUCUAAAGCUGUCAACCUGGCUCUCAACCAUGACAAGAACCAGUGACUGACCGAUGUAUGACCACAAGCCUCAAAGACGUCUCGACUCCGAUAAACACACAGAACAAAACAGUGUGUGAUGUCCCGUGAUGAAGGGUAAUGGACCCUGUCAUGUGAUCAGUGGCUGGUGACCACCCUGCUGCACACAGAAUAAGCACUUGUUUAUUUUGUCACUCUAAGGCAUUUUCUGCUUUCUAGUCUGUCUUUUUAACAGUCGCAUGUGUCAAUGUUAUAUGAUAAAAUUCCGAUAAUCCAGGCAUUGUAGCAUCUGAUAAUCUGCGCAGCGUGACUGUUUUUAAAGACCGGUUGGAAUGCAACCAGAAGCUUAGAGUAGCCACUACACAAUCUAACUGACCUCUAAACAAUGUGAAUGUCUCAAUGUUAUCUGUAGCCUACUAUCAGGAAAUCCAUGUCUGUGAAUCAGCCACGUUGACUUCACAAAUCCACACUUAGCCUACUCCCCUUUGAACUACCCCAGCACUAACACACCAGAUUCAAUAAAUCAGACUUUGUGAUAAGUUAUAAUUUCACUGUCCCAAUACAUUUGGAGCUCACGGUAUGUAAAUAUGCUCUGAAAUGAGCAGACUCUCCACUGAGACACGUUGACUUACUCAAUCACAAAUCCACCCUUAGCCCCUUCCUUGUUCGACCUACCUCUGUACUAAUUCACCAGAUUCAAUGAAUCAAAGAUUUAGGUGGGUUAGAUAUGGGCUAGAGCAAACAUUUCCCCAUAUGAAUGGAUUGGGAAACACGGUACCAGGGGCUGAUGGAAGUUUCUAGGGAGUAGAGGCUAGGGGUAUGUUUGGUAUAGGGCCAUAUCUCUGGGCCAGGUCAUCAUUUCCUACAAGGUAGCCAUGUUGUUAUUUCAGUCUCUUGUAUUUAGUGCAUACAGUAGCAUGUCCCCAUAAUGUCUGCAGAUCUGUGCCAAAGAUUUUAACUCCAUCACCUGUCCUGAAAAAAUGAUUAUGUAUGUAAACUGAACUGUAAAGUCUUUGUUUAGUACGGUCUCUCUAUUCUCGUCUUAUUAUAUUGAAUAAAUCAAACUGGAACUUGAGUAA